GGCUAAUUUGCUCACCUUGUAUCCUGCCGGACCAUGCAGAAGUGAAGCGAGAGGGCAGCCAUAUUGUUUGGACAACUAUACUGCCUGGAACCAAACUUUUAAUGAAAUCUGUAUAGCCAGCUGCAAGCCACAGAAGCUGAUUAAUGUUGCUUGCAGCUCCCCCUUUGCAGAGGCCUCAGUGUGGCCUUGAGAGGAGAACAGACUUGUGAUAAUGGGAGAGGCUGAAAAAAAAGACAAAAGCGGGGGAGGUUGGAGCUGAGCAGACAGAACAUGAGAUUUUCGUUUGAACUGGUAUUCAAAACCUGCCUGCCUAUUACGGACAAGCAGAGGAGACCAACUGUGGGAUUUUUGGUUUGAGACACAUUUUAUCAAUGCUGCCUUUUGAUUUGGAAGGCUCUUGUCACUUAGGACUUGCACUCACUUACGAGUUUUGCUGCAAAAAUAAACGAGCAAACCUUGAAGAAACCAGAAACGUCAUUUUGUUCAGGUCGAUUACUACUUACGGUAACCCUAUGAAUCAGUGACCUCCAAGAGCAUCUGUCAUGAACCACCCUGUUCAGGUCUUGUAAGUUCAGAUAUGCUGAUGGGGCAUACCUAGGAUGGAUGGUGGAGGAGGAGGAAGCCAACCCCUUGAAGCAAUGCAUUCUGGGAGCUCUCAGGACUCCCUUGGAACCUUGGGACAUUGGCAUGAUAUGAAAGAGGAAGCUCGAGAGGAUUUGGCUGAACUCUGGGAAACCCAGUGGCAGGAGUUCCUAAGUACAGUGGAGAUUUGUCCCUCGGGGCCAGGAGUCCCAGAGGAACCCACACCAUGGGGUGAUGCUCUGGCCUUCCUGGCUUCCUUUGAGCAAGUGGCUGAAGCCUGUCAGUGGCCCAAGGAAGAAUGGGUGGCCCGACUCCUGCCGGCCCUCCGUGGAGAAGCCAAGCAGGCUUUUAGCAGGCUGGAGGCCAGAGACAGAGAGGAUUAUGGGAAGGUGAAGGCAGUCAUCUUGCAAGGAGACACCCUGGGCAGGGAGAAGAAUCGGCAGCACUUCAGGAGCUUCUGCUACCAGGAGGCCAAGGGGCCGAGAGUGGCCUACAGCCAGCUCCAGGAGCUUUGCCAUCGAUGGCUGAAAGUUGAGAGACACUCCAAGGAAGAGAUCCUGGAACUGCUGAUCCUGGAGCAGUUCCUGGCUGUCCUGCCACCAGAGAUGCAGAACUGGAUCAAGGGCCACAACCUUGAGAGCAGUGCCCAGGCGGUGUCCCUAGCUGAGGAUUUCAUGAUCAGGCACUGGAUGCCUGAGGGAAGAGAAGAGCAGGUGGCUGUCCUACAAGGGGAGGGAUCCAUGAACUUGCAGGAGGUGGCGAGAGAGUCAUCGGAGGAAGAUACUAACUUGGCAGAUCUUGGGAAGGUACAUGAGGACGGGAAGGAGAAUCAUCUGCCAGAAAGUUCUAAGCAAACAGAUUCACAAGGGAUGUCCCCGAAGAGUGCCAAUGACAAUGGUUCCUGGUAUUGUAACCAAGAAGAAACCUCUGAGAAUUGGCACGAAGCAGAAAGGCAGCAGAUAAUCUACCCAAGGGAAGAUGGGCAAAAAUCUGUUCUUUGUGAAGAGGUUGGCAUUAAACCCAAUGUAACUGUGCUCUGUCAGAGGACCAACAAGGGCAAGAGAAGAAAUGCAUGCUCUGUGUGUGGGAAGACUUUCACUCGUAACUCGUCGCUUAUUCAACAUAAAAUAACCCACACCAGGGAAAAGCUGUACAGAUGCUCCCACUGUGGGAAAAGAUUUAUUUGCUCAGCAUAUCUUAAAAAACACAUGAUAUCACAUUCAGCUGAGAAGCCCCAUAAAUGUUUGCAGUGUGGGAAAAGUUUCCAUGACAAGACAAGCCUUAAAAGGCAUCAGAAAAUCCACACUGGAGAGAGAUCCUUUAAAUCUCCUGACUGUGGGGAAAGUUUCAUGUCGAGCACAUAUCUGGAUAUACAUACAAGAGAGAAAUCACCUCCUGUUCUUCCUGAGGCAGCAGUGUAUAUAUGCUGUGAGUGUGGGGAAAGCUUUGAAAGGGCUUCAGAUCUUAAUGUCCAUCAGAGAAUUCACAAAGAGAAACCUUUUAAAUGCCCUGACUGUGGGGAAAACUUCAUGUGGAUUUCAUCAUGGAAAAGACACAGGAAGCUCCAUGAAGAGAAUUCAGAUCCAACCCACACAGGAGAGAAAAAGUGUAUAUGCUCAGAUUGUGGAAAAGGCUUCUAUGAAUUAUGGAAGCUUAGAAGACAUCAGCGCAUCCACACUGGAGAGAAACCCUAUAAAUGCACUGAUUGUGGAGAGUGUUUCAUGUGGAGUUUGUCUCUUGAUGCCCACAUCAAGAAGAUUCAUCAGAAAAAGAUAUUUGUUCCUCUUCCACAAAAAGUAUCCGGUAGGCAAGGGAAAUCCUUCAGAUGUGCCAAAUGUGGGGAAAAAUUCACCAGGGCAUCACAUCUAAUAAGACAUCAGCACAUCCACACUAGAGAGAAACCCUAUAAAUGCACCAGUUGUGAAAAGUGUUUCAUGCACUGCUCAUCUCUUGAGAGACACAGAAGAAUCCAUGAAAGAGAGACCCCAGGACCCCUUGUUCAAAACGCAUCUGGGAUGCAAGAGGAAUUCUCUGCGUGUGGGGAAAAGUUCAGGACAUCACACCUAACAAGACAUCAAAACAUCCACAUUGGAGAGAAACCCUAUCAAUGCACCAACUGUGGGGAGUGCUUCAUGCAAAGCUCAUCUCUGGACAGUCAUAGAAAAAUGAUUCAUCAAGGAACGAAAUUGGUCCCCCUUCUGCAAAAAGUAACCAGUGUGCAAGGGAAAUCCUCCAGAUGCUGUGAAUGUGGGGAAAAGUUCAGCAGGGCAUCACACCUCAUCAGGCAUCAACGCAUCCACACUGGAGAGAAACCCUAUAAAUGCCCUGAAUGUGGAGAGUGUUUCAUGUGGAGUUCAUCUCUUGACAGCCAUAGGAAGAAGAUUCAUCAGGAAAAGAAAUUGAUUCCUGUUCCGCAAAAAGUACCCGGGAAUCCAGAGAAAUCCUCCUCAUGCUCUGAGUGCGGGAAAAAAUUCAAAAAAGUAUCGCAGCUCACAAAUCAUCAGCGCAUCCACACUGGAGAGAAACCCUAUCAAUGCUCUGUUUGUGGACAGUGCUUUGCAUGGAGUUCGUCUCUUAGCCGUCACAAGAAGAUUCAUCGAAGAAAGAAAUCGGUCUCCCUUCUGCAGAAAGUAUCCAGUAGGCAAGGGGAAUCCCCCACAUGCACCGAGUGCGGGAAAAAGUUCAACAGGGCAUCACAUUUAAUAAGACAUCAACACAUCCACACCAGGAAGAGUCGCAAUGUGUGCUCGUGAGUGUGGGAAAUGUUUUGAUCGGCCAUCACGCCUCAUAAGGCACCAGGGAAUCCAUGCAGGGAGAAGCAGUACAAAUGUUCUGCGUGCCAGAAAAGUUUUGUUUGCAAGGAUGGCCUUGCAAAACAUGAGAAGUCUCGCACUGGAUUGCAACAUCUCUUUGUGGAGGUCUUCAAGAGUGAGUCUGUGCAGCUUGUGAACGACCAGCACUAGUGCACCCCAACCCAGGCAUGCGGGGAAGCCUAUUAGAAGUUUUGACGAUUCACCUUAUGUCUUGUCUCCUGCCACUAAGGGACCGUGGCAACAAUUUACAGGGACAAUAACCUGCACAAUAUACAAUUUUUAAAAAAAACAUUGGAAUGAAAGACAUACAAAAAGGGUUCAUUCACAAAAGUCACCCAGUGACAAUAAAAUAACUGCCCCACCCACAUGUGAAUCAAUACCAAACAUGAACAACCCAAAGCCAACCCUUUUAGUGCUGUCGAAAUGCCUGGGAGAAUAAAAACAGCUUUGCCUGGUAAUGGAAGAAUGACAAAGUUGGCACCAGGUGAACCUCCCUGGGGAGAGCAUUCCACCGUCAGGGAGCCACCAUAGAAAAGGCUUGUUUUCUCAUUGAUGCUCUUAGUCAGGUCUUUUGUUUGAUCCACCCAACAGAUUCUUAUGUACUUAAUCUUUUUCUUUUUUUAAUGUUCGUAUGUUGACAAAACAUGAAAAUGAGUAACAAAAUAAAUAAAAAAACAGGAAGGCUAUAAAUCAGAGUGGAAGAGGGAAGAGAUAACUUUCUUGCCUCUCAUUUGGGAACGGGGAAUGGUCAGCAUUGGUACUAUGGAAAGAGUCUUACUGUAAUUUGAAAGGUCCCAUUCGGCAGUGGAAACACGCAAAUGCUAAAAGCUGAGUUGGGGAAACAUUUGCUUGACUUUUGUAUUAAUAUAAAUCCAUCAAUUGGUCUAAUGCAUUGGUUGAUCUUUUUAAAUGUAGUUUGGCAGAAAGGCAAAGGAAAUACAAGCGGUAACAGCCGUCUCUCAACGCUAUGCAGAACACAAAUGAAUUAAUACAAUUUAAGGAUGGGGAACUGGUGGCCUUUCAGUUAAUCACUGGACUCCAACUCCCAUUGACCCCAGCCAACAUGACCAGUGAUGAGGGAUGAUGGGAGUUGUAGUCCAGCGAGAUCUGCAAGGUGCCAUGUUCCCUUCCAUCCCUGACAUAAUUUCAGUAUUGAUUUACACCAAACUUUUGGGACUCUGUAAUAAUAGAGACGCUACCAUGCCACCUUAAGUCACGAAGGAACCCAAAUAAGGCAAUAGAUGUAUUUCAACAACCUGGACUGACUUCCACUUCUUUUGUUAAUUGGGAAGAUGGUGAGACACAAGUCCCAGACAGGAAUACACAGAUAUGGGACUCAUGAAAAGUUCAUUCCGAUUUAGUAACAACAGGCCAAAGUUGGGAGAUGCCACUUUUAAGGGGACUGGAAACAAAGCCCUAUGAGGAGAGACUGAAAGAACUGGGCAUGUUUAGCCUGGAGAAGAAGAGGGGGGAUAUGAUGGCACUCUUCAAGUACAUGAAAGGUUGUCACAUAGAGGAGGGCCAGGAUCUCUUCUCGAUCGUCCCAGAGUGCAGGACACAGAAUAAUGGGCUCAAGUUGCAGGAAGCCAUAUUUCGACUGGACAUCAGGAAAAACUUCCUAACUUUUAGAGCCACACAACAAUGGAACCAAUCACCUAGAGAGGUAGUGGGCUCUCUGACACUGGAGGCCUUCAAGAGGCAGCUGGACAGCCAUCUGUCAGGAAUGCUUUGAUUUGGAUUCCUGCAUUGAGCAGGGGGUUGGACUCGAUGGCCUUGUAAGCCCCUUCCAACUCUGCUAUUCUAUGAUUCUAUGACUGUGAUGCCCCUGUACAUAUAAUACUGUAAAUAUGGUACGUGCAGGUUUAUUAGAGUAUAUGUGGUAAGUAGACUGAGUGAGAGGGGGGAGUACAUGGGUUGGAAUGUUGAAGAAUGUUGUAUGAUGAUUGGCUGAAUAUCUGAAGGUAUAAAUGAGAGGAUGACAUUUGUUAGAGGGGGCUUGGUUGGAGUUCUGCUGAGAGGAGUUGGAGUGGAUUGUUGGGUGGAUUGGAUUUAGGCGGGUAAUGAGGCAGGUUAUCUAUGACUAAGAAAUAUAAAGAGUAACACAUCUUAUGAAACCACAUGCUUGUUGACUGAACCUUUAAGAAAUCUUGCUAU